GGUAUGGACAAUAAGGCAUUGGAACCGGAUUCUGUGAGCAUCCCCAUGGAGGAGGCCAUUAUUUGUAACAGAGACGGCCAACCUCUGGCCCAGCUUCAACCUCAGCAGCAGCAGGAGCCGUCCAUGUUGACCCACUUGAAGAAGGUUGAAAACGAUAUCACUGAAGCCCAACGUUUCUCCCACCUACCCAAACGCUCAGCGGUGGACCUGGAGUUCAAAGACCUCUCCUACACCAUCCAAGAGGGACCAUGCUGGAGGAGGAGAGGGUGCAAAGCCCUACUGAAGUGCCUGUCUGGAAGGUUCUGCAGUAGGGAGCUGAUCGGUAUCAUGGGGCCCUCAGGUGCCGGGAAGUCCACCUUAAUGAACAUUUUGGCUGGAUACAGGGAGACGGGGAUGAAGGGUCAGAUCAUGGUCAAUGGUAAACCCAGGGACCUGAGGAAAUUCAGGAAAAUGUCCUGCUACAUCAUGCAGGAGGACAUGCUGCUGCCACAUCUCACUACACGGGAGGCCAUGAUGGUUUCGGCCAACUUGAAGCUGAAUGAGACUAAAGAUGUGAAAAAAGCACUGGUGAAUGAGAUUCUGACUGCCUUAGGGCUCCUUGAAUGUGCUCACACUCGCACCAGCUCGCUGUCAGGAGGUCAGUGUAAACGGCUGGCCAUCGCCCUUGAGCUGGUCAACAAUCCUCCAGUCAUGUUCUUUGAUGAGCCCACAAGUGGCUUAGACAGUGCAUCGUGCUAUCAGGUGGUCUCACUAAUGCGUUCUCUGGCGCUGGGAGGACGGACCAUCAUCUGCACCAUCCACCAACCUAGUGCCAAACUGUUUGAGAUGUUUGACAAGCUUUACAUUCUCAGUCAGGGACAAUGUAUCUACAAAGGCUCAGUCCCUUACCUCAUCCCCUAUUUGAAGAGUCUGGGCCUUUACUGUCCCACCUACCACAAUCCUGCAGACUUCAUUAUUGAAAUUGCAUCAGGAGAGUAUGGAGACUUGAACCCUGUGUUGUUCGAGGCAGUCCAAGGUGGAAUGUGUGCACUAGAGGAGAAGAAGAACCAGUGUGGUACCAAUGGGACGUCGGUCUGUGCCACAAAGUACCCUACGAAUGCUGGACACAUCGAGAGCCAUACUUUUUCCACAAGCACACUAACACAGUUCUGUAUCCUCUUCAAGAGAACCCUCAUAACAAUAUGUCGAGACCAGGUUUUGACCCACCUCAGACUGAUGUCCCACAUCGCCAUAGGUGUGUUAAUAGGCUUGCUCUAUCUGAACAUUGGCAAUGAUGCCAGCAAGGUCUUUAACAACACUGGGUUCCUCUUCUUCUCCAUGCUUUUCCUCAUGUUUGGUGCGCUCAUGCCAACCGUGUUAACCUUUCCUCUGGAGAUGUCUGUGUUCCUGAGGGAGCACCUUAACUACUGGUACAGCCUGAAAGCCUACUACCUUGCCAAGACAAUGGCUGAUAUCCCAUUUCAGGUUAUCUGCCCCAUCAUGUACUGCAGCAUAGUGUACUGGAUGACGGAACAGCCACCUGAAGCCACCCGCUACCUACUCUUCUUAGCCCUGUCCACCUGUACGGCCCUGGUAGCCCAAUCCCUCGGCCUGCUGGUGGGGGCCGCUUCCAGCUCACUACAGGUAGCCACAUUUGUUGGACCUGUCACAGCUAUCCCAGUGCUGCUUUUCUCCGGAUUCUUUGUGAACUUUGACACAAUACCCAAGUAUCUGCAAUGGAGCUCAUACGUGUCUUAUGUCAGGUAUGGGUUUGAAGGAGUGAUCCUGUCUAUCUACGGGAUGAACCGCUCCGAACUGGAGUGUCCCGGGAAGGUGUGUAAAUUCCAACAGCCUGAGGAGGUUCUGCAGUUACUGGAUGUGGAAGACGCAAAGCUCUACAUAGAUUUCAUAGUCCUAGGCAUUUUCUUCAUCGUCCUACGACUGGCCACCUACGUUGUCCUGCGCUACAAGAUCAAUUCUGAGCGAUAG